AUGGCUGAUAUAAACUCAGCUGAAUCGUUUACUAAAUUCUUAAGAUCAAAGAAUUCAUCAUUACAAGAAAUAAUCAAUACUUGUCAAUCAGCAAUCGAUGGUAAUAUUGAUAUCUAUCUACCAAAUACUUCAAUCUUUAUAUUCAAUUUAUUAAUUGAUAGAUUAAAUGAUACUAAAGCACCAUUCGGUAAUUGGAAAUAUGAUCCACAAGUAUGGCAAUUAUUAAUUAAAGUAUAUCAAUCAACUCCCAAAUCACAAUGUAAUAAGUUAAUUCAAAAGAUUAAACUUAUCGAAAUUACAAUUGAUAUCUUUAAGUCCAAAGCUGAUUCACAAUUGUUCAAGAGUCUAUUUGAUGUAAUUAAGAUGGUAACUACAGAAUCGUUUAUUGAUAUUGAUGAACCUUUAGCUAAUUCAUUAUUAUUUGCAUAUCUUUCCAAUGAACUCGUAUUGAGUAGUACUAUGAAUCUUCAAUGGAAUGAACUUAUAAAUGAUAUUUAUCAAAUUGGAAUUCAUAAAUCAAUUCUCGGAAUCUCCAAGAAAUCAUAUUCAAAAUUCUUUCAAGAAUCUCCAAUCAUUUUGAAAUAUCUAACCUUCACUACCAGUCCAUCAUCUUCAAUCUUUCAAUCGAUAUUAAUCACCAGAUUAUUCGAUCAGGAAUUCACAACUAAUUUCAUAUCAAACCUAGAAACCCUUCUCAAGAACCAAUCCAAAACAAUCACCACGGAUUCAAUUCAAUUAUUAUUCAAAUUAAUAGUCGACAAUUAUGCCAACACUGACAUGACAAUCUGUGAACAAUCAUAUACCAUCCUCAUAACCAAAUUCCCCAACUUGGCAGAAGACUUAUUAUCAAUCCUCGCAAAUACUCGAAAAACACUCACCCAUGAAUUUGCCCUCGGUAUCUUCGAAAAAGAAACCACUGAUGAUUCUAAGAUAAAUUGGAAGAUGAUUAAGUAUUUAUUCGAAUUGGAUACAAAACUAGCAGUAGAGCUGGCUGAUUUUGUCACCACCUCCACGAAAUCACACAAAGAGAAAGAAGGGAUUAUUGAUGUGAUUGGAAGUUUGGUGAAUGCAUAUAUAAGAAAUCGUGACUUAGUCGACUUCUUCACCAAUGUUUGGCCAAAAGCAAUCCCCAUACUGUCGAUUUGGAAUCACGAAAAAGUAAUUUCGGUAAUCGCAGAUUCCAUUAAGGGUAUAACCGUUAGACAAUUAUCAAUGAUCUUGGAACAUGUCGAUAAGAUUGAGAUUAACAAUGUCAAAUAUCCAAUCUAUAGCGCGAUAACUAAGGGAUUAUUAAUGAGUUCAGAUAAUAUCAUCGAUAAUGUCAAAGCAAUCAUCUUAUCCAAAACCGAUUUCUUCAAUCAAGAAAAGACAGAAGAAUUAUGGGAGAUUAGAUAUUAUCUAUUAUGUCUCUAUCGCCACUCCUACGAAUUCAAUUCCAGUCUACUUACCCAAUCCACCAAGUCCAAACCAAAGAACAAAUACUACUAUUUUUUAACAUUUCGUCUACUCGAACUAAACAUCAUCCCUAGCGUUCCGGAAGAUGUCCAAUCGGAAUUCAUAUCCACCAUUCUCCUCCCAGCAGAUGAUUUCUUGAAAGUAUUCCAAAGAUGGAUCCCAGUUAUCACAAACCAUUUCUCAUCGGGUUCGAUCCAAUCCAUCAUCCCGAAAAUCGCUGAUCAUGUACUGGAACUAGAUCAUUAUUUCUAUGAACAUACCCAAUUAACAUCCGCACUCAUCCAACACAUCGCAGAACAUAUUGAAGAAGAAUGGAAAGCAUUGGAAUAUGUUCCGAUAACCACAUAA